AUGCCGAGCCCUGAGCACGCAGCUGCGAUUGGUGCCCUUAAUAAAGAAAUGCGGCGAGAUCUCGACUCGAUGGACCAUGGUCUGUUUGAUGCGAUCAUAGACUAUCCAGGGGGCGGCACCCGUCCCCAAAACGGCAAAGGAAAAGAUGCUGAUAUAGCAUUUGGCCCAAUGAGGCGAGCAAUCGCUAUCUCUGAGACGGAAACUAAGCUGAAGAGAGAUACUGCUUUUUGGUUGGACCCCCUUCGUGGCAAUGCGAAUCUGGUCGUAACGAUCAAGGCAAGCAGAAAACUUGCCUAUAUCAAGAUCGACACCUAG